CAUUGUGGAUAAGUGUAAACAUAUCAGUGUGACGGUAAACAUGGUGGCGUAUCUGUAUUUAUUAACGUGUUAUCUUUUAUUCGUAAAUUCAAAUGAGGCGGCGAGGAUAUUGGCGAUGUUCCCGACCCCUUCCAUCAGCCACCAAGUAGUGUUUCGACCAGUGACUCAAGAGCUAGCUAAGAGAGGACACGAUGUCACCGUCAUCACAACAGAUCCCGCCUUCCCGAAAGGAAAAGCACCUGCUAACUUGACAGAAAUUGACAUCCAUGAUUUAUCAUACGACAUAUGGAUGAAAAGCUUUAUGUCAAGUCCUCGUACGGAUGAUCUAUUAACCCAAUCAGAAAUACUUUUGAACUUGAUAAGAAUACUAUUUGAUACCCAGUUGAAAGAUGAACGAGUGGCAAGUUUGGUCUUAGGGAAAGAGCAAAAAUUUGAUUUGUUGAUUCUAGAAGACUGUGUUCGGCCUGCGCUUUCAUUAACACAUUUUCAUAAGGUUCCAGUUAUUCUGUUCAGUUCUUUGGGAUUUGUGCUUGAUAAUUUUCAAACGCUUGGCGUUCCUUAUCAUCCGUUGUUGUACCCUGGAGUUCCACGACAACGCUUGAAUAAUCUCACAUUAUGGGACAAAAUAAGUGAAACCUAUAUAUUCAUGAGGUACCAAUAUUUAAUUGGAGAAUCUAUAGCUUUGGACGAUAAGAUGCUGAAAAGACAUUUUGGACCUGAAUUUCCAACAGGGACUGAACUUAGCAAUAACGUGGAUAUGGUAUUUUUAAAUGUGAACCCAAUUUUUGAAGGUAUAAGACCAGUACCUCCGAAUGUUGUGUUUGUUGGAGGCUUACAUACAACUCCAAGAAAAGAUUUACCUGCUGAUCUCAAAUCAUAUUUGGACUCUUCCAAAAAUGGCGUGAUUUACAUCAGUUUUGGUACUAACGUCGAUCCUACUCUACUACCAGCCGAAAAAAUCCAAGUUCUAGUGAAAGCAUUCUCUCAGUUGCCUUACGAUGUGUUAUGGAAGUGGAACGGAGACGAGCUGCCUGGACGUACUGAGAACAUCAGAAUCUCAAAGUGGUUACCACAGUCCGACCUACUGAAACAUCCUAAUGUCAAGUUAUUCAUAACUCAGGGAGGUCUUCAAUCAACUGAUGAAGCCAUAGUCUCCGGUGUACCUUUGCUUGGUAUGCCCUUGAUGGUAGAUCAAUGGUUCAACGUUGAGAGAUAUGUAUCUCUUAAAAUCGGACUGCGAGUUGAUUUAGAAGAUGUAACAGAGGAAAAAUUUAAGAACGCCAUCAUUGAAGUGAUUACAAAUGACAGUUAUCGACGCAAUAUAGAAAAGUUGAGAAGUAUAAUGCAUGAUGCACCACAAACUCCACUGGAGCGCGCCGUGUGGUGGACGGAGUACGUGCUGCGGCACGGCGGCGCGAAGCACCUGCGCUCGCCCGCCGCCAACAUCUCGUGGGUGGAGUAUCUAGAACUGGAACUGGUGCUCACAUUACUGACAGGACUAUCCGUAAUUUUAAGUGUUGUGUUCAUCGUCGUCCGAAAACUGUACAAGCUAAUAUUUAAAAGUUCGAGGUCUUCCGUAAAAUCCAAACGUAGUUAGUAUAUUAAAUUUAAUAAUCUUAAUAAGCUGUCAGCUGAAUGAGAUCCAUUCUGAACGACGAUUUACAAAGACUGCUAGUAGCUUCCAAUAUUUUCUUAAGUGAUAUAUGGAUAGUACAUAAAAAUAAUAAAAUAUUCUAAAAAUAA